AUGGUUCCUCCUGAGCGUUGGAGCGCGUCUGCUCACGUCGGCAACACUUCGGUCAAGAAUGUCUCUGGCACCGGUUUUGGCUGCUGGCUGCACCAGGCUGCUCAAUUUGAUGCGGCCUACUUCAACAUGUCACCUCGCGAGGCUGCCCAGGUCGACCCUGCGCAGCGUUUAGCGCUACUGGCGGCCACCGAGGCAUUGGAACAGGCAGGCAUCGUCCCUAACCGCACACAAUCGACGCACAAGAAACGCGUAGGCGUCUGGUUCGGAUGCACCAGCAACGACUGGAUGGAGACGAACAGUGCCCAGAACAUCGACACCUAUUUCAUACCGGGCGGGAAUCGUGCCUUCAUUCCGGGCCGCAUCAACUACCACUUCAAAUUCAGCGGGCCAAGUUUCACGAUUGACACCGCUUGUAGUUCCAGCCUCGCGGCUCUUCAUAUGGCAUGUAAUGCCCUGUGGCGAGGUGAAGUCGAUACCGCUAUCGUUGGUGGUACCAAUGUCCUCACCAACCCCGAUAUGACAGCUGGUCUGGACCGCGGCCAUUUCCUUUCGCGCACAGGGAAUUGCAAGACAUUUGACGACGAAGCUGACGGAUAUUGUCGUGGAGAAGCGGUCGUUACCCUCAUUUUGAAACGUCUGGACGAUGCAAUCACAGAUAAAGAUCCCAUCCAGGCCUGCAUUCCUCCUCGAGGUAUUGCGACGACUCACAAUGCCGAGGCAGAGUCCAUCACCAGACCCCAUGCAGCUGCGCAGAAGGAGCUCUUUGAGCGCGUCCUUAAUUCUACAGGUGUUCGCGCCUCUGAUAUCAGUUACGUUGAGAUGCACGGCACGGGAACUCAGGCCGGCGACUUCGGAGAGACCACGUCAGUGGUUACAACAUUAUCGCCCACCGACUCUCUUGGAUACUGUCUGAGGCCUGAUGAUCAGCCGCUCCAUAUAGGGGCAGUCAAAUCCAACGUUGGCCAUGGCGAAGCUGCUGCUGGCGUGACUUCCCUGGCCAAGGUGCUGUUAAUGUUCAAGCACAAUACCAUUCCACCACAUAUUGGCGUCAAGACAAAGCUCAACCACCGGCUUCCCGAUUUGCGAGCACACAACACCCGAAUUGCAACAGUUGCCACUCCCUGGGAGAAGCCCGAUUGUGGUAUCCGACGUGUUCUCUUGAACAAUUUCUCUGCUGCAGGCGGCAACACUGCUGUCAUCCUCGAAGACCCCGGUCGCCACGAUAUUCCGAGGCUUGUGUCUGACCCCGACCCAAGACGAUUCCAUAUCGUCACUAUCUCUGGCAAGACCUCAGAGGCAUUGCUUUCGAACCUACGAAAUAUAGUCGCGUGGAUCGACAGAACAGCAGCGACCUCGAGUGACAUCAAUAUCCUGGCCAAGUUGUCAUACACAACCACCGCACGCCGUAUGCAUCACCGCUACCGCGCGGCAGUCACGGCAACAGACCUGCACCAUGUCAAGACACUACUACAGAAGCAGAUUGAUAGGCGGUCAAAUGGUGAGAAGAGUAGCCCAAUACCGGCAAAGACUCCGCGCUUCGUCUUCUGUUUCACUGGCCAGGGCUCUCCUUACGCUGGGAUGGGCGCAGAUCUUUUCGUUCGGUUCACAUCCUUCCGUGCGGACGUGCAGCGGUACAACCACACGUGUGUGCAGUUGGGACUGCCUUCGAUCCUGUCAAUGUUCGAGAUGGACAGGGAAACGGCUUCUCUGGAUGGCAUUUCUCCAGUGGUGCUGCAGCUGUCACAUGUAUGCUUCCAAAUGGCUCUCUAUCGUCUCUGGAAGUCUUUUGGUGUUGAACCUACAGCCGUGGUCGGCCAUAGCCUCGGAGAAUAUGCUGCCCUGUACACAGCUGGGGCCUUGACACAAACCAGCGUGAUUCACUUGGUGGGACGCCGCGCCCAGCUCAUGGACAAGUAUCUUGAUGCUGGCGCUUAUACAAUGCUGGUGGUCAUGGCUGGUGAGCACAAGGUCGAGUCGACGUUAACUAGCCACCAUGUCACGUACGAGAUUUGCUGCCGCAAUGGCAAGAGCAACACCGUCAUCGGCGGCACGGUGGCGCAAAUCAGUGCCGCGAAGAUGGUCCUCGAGGCCGGCGGUAUCAUGUGCCACUCUCUCGGCUCUCCCUUCGCCUUCCACACUUCUCAAGCGGACCCCAUCCUCGGUCAUCUGCUCCGUGUCUCUGAGGCGUGUCCAAUUCAGAAACCCACCAUUCCGGUCAUUUCACCAACUCGGGGGAAGGUUCUCCACUCUGGUGAAGACUUUGGCGAAGCUUAUUUCGUUCAGCACUGCCGCCACCCAGUCAAUAUGCUUCAGGCUCUGACAAACGCCAGUUCAGAAGGUAUUAUUGAUGAAAAGACCGUCGGCAUUGAAAUAGGCCCAGCCCCCGUCGUCACGCGCAUGGUCAAAGAAGUUGUUGGCCCUUCAAUGCAGACCUAUGCCUCGGUACACAAGACAAUGGAUACAUGGCAGAUCCUCUGCGAAGCUCUCGCGGGCAUAUACACCUUAGGAUCGACAUUUAACUGGGAUCAAUAUCACAAUGACUUUGCUAUGUGCCAUGAGGUCCUUCAGCUUCCAGCGUAUGGCUGGACGCUGAAGGGCUAUUGGCUGCAGUAUGUCCAUGAUUGGAGCCUCAGGAAGGGUGAUGAACCACUAGUUCUCACUGCAAAUCUGGCAUUUUCCGACAUCUACAAGGUCCAGAAGAAUACCAUCUCUGGAUCGAAAGGUGGAGAGGUCAUCGUUGACCUCGACCUCAACCAUAUUGGUGUGCACGAGAUGGCACAGGGACACAAGGUUUACGGUGUUCCAUUAUGUACUCCGUCGGUUUACGCAGACAUUUCUAUGAUGAUCGGUAAUUACACAAAACGGGUACUUGGCCUAGAUGAGAGGGAAACGGCCACGGAAAUAGCAGAUAUGCACAUAAUGGCCGCGCUCGUCGCAAACGAUGCUGGCAAUGAGCAGACCCUUCGCACCUCAGCCAAGCUAGACGGGGACACACAGUCUCUUUUGUGCUCCUUCCUCAGUGUCGACACCAAUGGGAAAGAGACACAAGUUCAUGCAACCUGUUCUGUACGAUUUGCACAGCUCAGGGCAAUCAAACCUCGCUUUGAAGAAGCUGCGUUUACCGCCCGAGAGCGCAUCCAUUCUCUGGCAGACAAGUCGCGAGAACCUGACAGCAACACGUACCGCUUUAGCACAGGGAUGAUAUACAAGAUGGUUGGCCAAUUGGCGGACUUUGCGCCUAAGUACCGUGGGCUCAGCGCUAUCACACUCGACAAUGACGCGCUCGAGGCCGCAGGCACGAUCUCAUUCAGCAGCACGGCCUCCGAUGGCGAUUCCCUGUGGUUCAUGAACCCGGCGUACUUGGAUGCCUUCUCACAGCUGGGUGGCUUUGUAAUGAAUGCUAAUGAGAACGUUGACCUCGAUAAAGAGCUCUAUGUCAACCAUGGGUGGGCAUCCAUGAGGUUGUUCAGGUCGCAGCUUGACCCCAAGGCGACCUACCACUCUUACGUGAAGAUGAACGAGGGCAAGGAUAACUUGUGGUCAGGCGAUGUCUUGAUAUUUGACGAAAAAUAUGAGCUUAUUGGUGUCAUUGGCGGUGUCGCGCUCCAAGGCGUACAGAAACGCUUGAUGGAAUACAUCAUCAAGUCCGCUAACAAAAAGGCGACAAAUGCUAUUCCCACUUCCAGGCUGUCAGACCCCACUCCGGCUACGGUGGAAGUGAAAAAGUCGUCCGCAAAGCCAGUGGUCAGGGUGGAGAUAGACCCUACUGUGGUCGUCAUCACGCCACAGGAGGCAACAAUGCCAGUGGUACCUGCCAAUGAUCCAUGGCAAACAGUCCUUGACAUCCUAUCCGAAGAAAGCGGAGUAGACAGAAGUGAACUGGGCGACGAUGUCAACUUGGCAGACAUCGGCAUCGACUCUCUGCUUUCUCUGGUAGUCUGUGGUAGGCUACGUGAUGACCUCGAUGUGGACUUACCUGAUGGAGCACUGUUCCAAGAAUGCUUCUACAUUGGCGACAUCAAGAAACGCGUGCCUGGGGUAGCGGUUUCAGCCACAGGUGGAAACCUGACGCCACCGUCGUCCGAGCAAGACUCCUCGGAUGGUCACGAUAUCAGUCAAGAAGACAUCAAUUCCGUUUCAAGUGGUUCCGAGACCACUGACUCGGAUUUUGCUGCAUCGCCUUCUGAUUUGAUCGCCUAUGAGACCCCCCUGACGCCCUCGGUCUUCUUCAAGGAUGACAAGUUCACGCCUCAAGUCACCACUGUCGAACUGAGCCCCGACGAGGAGCCGGUGAAGCCGGCCUGGUCGCUCUAUCUCCAAGGCUCGCGGAAGAAGUCAAGUUCAACACUUUUCGUCUUUCCAGACGGCUGCGGCGCAGCAACAUCCUACAUGGACCUGCCGCCCGUUUCACACUCGCUGGCCAUAGUCGGCUUCAACAGCCCCUUCAUGAAAACACCGCAUCUCAUGUACGAGCACACGCUGCCCCAGGUACUACAGUCGUAUCUCGCGGGCAUUCGCUCCCGCCAGCCCCACGGGCCCUACCACCUGGGCGGCUGGUCCGCGGGAGGCAUCCUCGCCUACGCCUUGGCCGCGCAGCUCCUGGCCGCUGGCGAGGCUGUCGCCUCACUGACACUCAUCGACUCGCCGCCGCCGGACCGCGGCCUCGACCACCUGCCCGAGCGCUUCUUUGCGCACUGCACGCGUGUCGGCGUAUUCGGGACCGAGAUGGCAAGGGGCCAGAACGAGGCCCUCGCGAGGGGCGGAGGAAAUGACCAGAGGGCGAGGGCCUUGACACCUCCCGAAUGGCUUCUCCCGCAUUUCCGCGCCACCAUCGACUUGUUGCAUGACUACCACGCGCCGCCGCUGUCUGCGCGAAACAACUCAGUGUUUGACAUGAAGGUUUCUAUUAUAUGGGCUCAAGAGUGCGCGCUGGAUGGUGUGCGGUAUCCAAAGCUACCGCCCAGAGAUGCCGGGCAAGCUGAGGAUGAGGAGGGGGUCAAGUUCCUCUCUGAACCGCGUACUGACUUUGGCCCUGGUCGAUGGGCUGGCCUGUUCCCUCCUGGUGUGAGUAUUACUACUCAUAUUGUGGAAGGUGAACAUCAUUUCAGCAUGAUGCGCGGCGCCGGUGCAGAGAGGUUGGCCCAGCUCAUAAAGGAAGCUACGGGUUGCGUGGCAUGA